GUCACAUGUUUCCUUUGUUGUGAGCUGCUGCAAACACUGGUGGUUGGAGGGAGACGCCGGCGCUGAAGAGAGCGCUGCGCCGCCAGCCGCUGAGGGAAGGCAGGAGCUGUCGCUGCUGGCCACUGCUGCUGGCUCUUUCCAGCCUUCGCUGAGAGGAUUCCUGCAUUCUGAAGAAAAAUUGGGCUUGGUUGCAGUACAGCUACAUUCUAGAUCAAUUCUGAUAUUAUAACUCCUUUGGGCUUUGUACACUGACCUCCUCUGUCCUUUGCCUUUACCUGUUAGGCUGGUGUGGAAGUUAAAACAACACAAAUAUUUUGACUGGGGAUUUGGUCAAACAAAUGCUAAAAAGCCUCAUAAAGAAGAGCCUUAACAUUUCUCAACAAUUACAUAGUCAACUGAUGUAACAAUGGUACUAAUAUUGGGACGAAGACUAAACAGAGAGGAUCUCGGGGUUCGUGAUUCCCCAGCAACUAAGCGUAAAGUUUUUGAAAUGGACCCUAAAUCUCUGACAGGCCAUGAGUUUUUUGACUUCUCUUCAGGAUCAUCCCAUGCUGAAAACAUACUCCAGAUAUUCAAUGAAUUCCGAGACAGCCGCUUAUUCACAGAUGUCAUCAUUUGUGUGGAAGGCAAAGAAUUUCCUUGCCAUAGAGCUGUUCUCUCAGCCUGUAGUAGCUACUUCAGAGCUAUGUUUUGUAAUGACCACAGAGAAAGCCGAGAAAUGUUGGUUGAGAUCAAUGGUAUUUUAGCUGAAGCUAUGGAAUGUUUUUUGCAGUAUGUUUAUACUGGAAAGGUAAAGAUCACUACAGAGAAUGUACAAUAUCUCUUUGAAACGUCAAGCCUCUUUCAGAUUAGUGUUCUCCGUGAUGCUUGUGCCAAGUUCUUAGAGGAGCAACUUGAUCCUUGUAACUGCUUAGGAAUCCAGCGCUUUGCUGAUACCCAUUCUCUCAAAACACUCUUCACAAAAUGCAAGAAUUUUGCAUUACAGACUUUUGAGGAUGUGUCACAGCAUGAAGAAUUUCUUGAGCUUGAUAAAGAUGAACUUAUUGAUUAUAUUUGUAGUGAUGAACUUGUUAUUGGUAAAGAGGAAAUGGUUUUUGAAGCCGUCAUGCGUUGGGUCUAUCGUGCUGUUGAUCUGAGAAGACCACUGUUACAUGAGCUCCUGACACAUGUGAGACUCCCUCUGUUGCAUCCAAACUACUUUGUCCAAACAGUUGAGGUGGACCAAUUGAUCCAGAAUUCUCCUGAGUGUUAUCAGCUGUUGCAUGAAGCAAGACGGUACCACAUACUUGGGAAUGAAAUGAUGUCUCCAAGGACUAGGCCACGCAGGUCAACUGGCUAUUCUGAGGUGAUAGUUGUCGUUGGAGGCUGUGAACGGGUUGGAGGAUUUAAUCUUCCAUACACCGAGUGCUAUGAUCCUGUGACAGGAGAAUGGAAGUCUUUGGCUAAGCUUCCAGAAUUUACCAAAUCAGAGUAUGCAGUCUGUGCUCUAAGAAAUGACAUUCUUGUUUCAGGUGGAAGAAUCAAUGGCCGUGAUGUGUGGAUUUAUAACUCACAGUUAAAUAUUUGGAUCAGAGUUGCUUCUCUGAAUAAAGGCAGAUGGCGUCACAAAAUGGCUGUCCUCCUUGGUAAAGUAUAUGUUGUUGGAGGCUAUGAUGGACAAAACAGACUUAGCAGCGUAGAAUGUUAUGAUUCCUUUUCAAAUCGAUGGACUGAAGUUGCUCCCCUUAAGGAAGCAGUGAGUUCUCCUGCCGUGACUAGCUGUGUAGGCAAAUUGUUUGUGAUUGGUGGAGGACCUGAUGAUAAUACUUGUUCUGAUAAGGUUCAAUCUUAUGAUCCAGAAACCAAUUCUUGGCUACUUCGUGCAGCUAUCCCAAUUGCCAAGAGGUGUAUAACAGCUGUAUCCUUAAACAACUUGAUAUAUGUUGCUGGUGGGCUGACCAAGGCAAUAUACUGCUAUGAUCCAGUUGAAGAUUACUGGAUGCAUGUACAGAAUACAUUCAGCCGACAGGAAAACUGUGGUAUGUCUGUGUGUAAUGGUAAAAUAUAUAUCCUGGGUGGAAGACGGGAAAAUGGAGAAGCCACAGACACUAUUCUCUGUUAUGAUCCUGCAACAAGUAUCAUCACAGGGGUGGCUGCAAUGCCCAGGCCAGUGUCCUAUCAUGGCUGUGUGACUAUACAUAGAUACAAUGAAAAAUGCUUUAAGCUCUAAAGCCAGGAUACCUCACCCAAGAAGCCACACUGAUCCAAGAUGAGAGGUUAUAAGAACUCCAGAGUGGGAACUUGACAUAUCUCCUUUUGUGCCAUGUACACAAAAAAGUAAAGGUAAUAAUUGUGGUGCCUUUUCCCCUGAAAUAUCGAUCUUUCAAACUGUAAUAAAGUCUUUCCUGUAAUUGGAAAAAAAAUUUUUGUUGUUGAAGAUAAUAGUGGUUAUUGCUUGGGUUUUGAGAGUGUACCUUUGUAAGUAUUUGUAAGAAAUUCAUGUGGAAUAGGAAAUAAUGCCUGCCUGCCUGUAUAACCUUUAGGAAUUUCUGAAUGGUUUCUCCAUUUAUAUACGUUUAUCUGUAAGCCUGUAUAUUCCUAAUUUUGUCAUAUAUGUAUAGAAAAUUGCAUGACUUAGGCUUCAUUUAGGUUAAAUCACAUAAUGCUUAGAAUGCUUACAAAGGGGAGAAAUCAGUUUUAAAAAUCUUUUUCACUAAAAAUACAUCCAAACUGAUAAAUUUUAUUGAAGGUUUUUUUAAUAACUGAUAAAAAUGUAAUGACAACAAUUUGAAUAUGACAAAAUACUGAAUUAUCAUGACUUCCUAGAAUUGCUGUCUUAUAUCAAACAUAUUUUUGGAAGAACAUUGGAUAGGAGAUAGAAAAGCAGGUGCCCCUAAAAUGGGGAGUAAAAUUGUAGGUUAAUUCCUAAGAAAAAUUAUGUAAGACCUUGAAGGGAAGAACAACCCAUUGUGACUCUCAAAAUACCUCUGUAUCAUCUCUAAAUCCUCUAGGGAACACCUUUUUAGAACCUGGCAAGAGAGUUGAAAUCCAUUUUG